CGAACCCUUGAAUACAUUGUAUCACUUUCUUUAAACGGAAUUCCAUCUUAAUAAGACAUUUUCAUUACUUUUGUUUAAAUAAGAUCGAUAUUUUAGUAAUUUUCCGGCCUUCACCAGGAAGUAAACAUAAGAAAUAUCCUGCUACUUUUCUACGUUAAGCUCGAAUUAUGAAAGAUAACUAAGCUAUGUCAAGUGAAGGAUCAAACUUUUCAAGCUACCACUUAGAUGAGAAGACUUUCCAACUCUGCUGCAAGCAUUUUCUACAGCAGUCUGAUGUCAUCAGAGACGGAUGGAGUUGGGCUGAGGUUAAGGGUUGUGAGGAAAAAUACUUGAAAAAGACUGUCAUAAUGUCUGGAAGAUUCUAUUCUUUGCUUAAUAACAAUGAUGAUGAUGAUGGGAUGAAUACACUGACUGGAGCAGAUGAGAUGGAUGAUGAGGCAGCUGGGGCUUAUACAAUAGGUGCGUCCCAGGUUUUAAUGCAAUACGAAUAUCAUGUUUUAUACUCCUUGAGUCAUCAGGUUCCUGUUCUAUACUUCAGAGCAUCUACAUUAGAUGGAAAGCCCUUAACGCUUGAUGAGGUUUGCAGGAAUAUUCACCCACACUACAAACACAGACUACUACAAGGACCGUGGGAUACACUGACUCAACAGGAACACCCUUUACUAGGCCAACCCUUCUUCAUGCUUCAUCCAUGUCACACUGAAGAAUUUAUGAAGCCACUUGUCAAAAAACGGAAAGUAAACUACAUUGCCACAUGGCUCAGUGUGGUAGGGCCUGUGGUGGGAUUGGACGUGCCGCUUAGCUAUCACACAGCAUUGACUGCUUCUGACUGAUUGAAUUUUAUGUUUAUCUGUUAGAGCCUAAAUACUGUAGCUGUAUGAUCUGUAUAUACUUGCCUUACCUCUCAUCUGCAUACUUGGUAAAGAAGAGAGAAAGAAGACAGUGGCACGGCUACUACAAGGCUCUUGCAACACCUAAUAUUGGUUUAAAUCUUGUGUCAAAGAACUUACUAACCAUCUCAGUCACAAUGUUAUGUCAUGAACUCUUUUUCUUCUUUUCUUUAAACAUACAUGUUCAAAAUAAAUAACUAAAUAACAAUAAACAAUAGACAGCAUUAAAAAGGUGCAGUUUACAAAACAGCUUAUUUAAAUUAUCUUAACUGAUAUACUGUCAUAUCACUGCUACUUUACUUUUAAAUUCCCUGGUUUAUAAAAGAAUUUUGCUAAUUAACACUUUUAAACCACAAAAAGAAAUGUUAUAAACGGGAGUACUUGCAAAAGUAUUUAUACCCUUUAAACUUUUGCACAUUUUGUCACGUUACAACCACAAAGGUAUUUUAUUAUGUGAUGUGAUAGACUAACACAAAGUGGUACAUGAUGGUGAAAAGUAAGGAAAAUGAUAAAUGGUUAAAAAAAAAUUACAAAUAAAAAAAUCUGAAAAGUGUGGCAUCCAUUAGUAUUCAGCCCCUUUUACUCUGAUGGCUAUAACCCGUAAGAUCCAGUGGAACCAAUUGCCUUUAGAUGUCACCUAAUUAUUAAUUAGAGUCCACUCGUGUGUAAUUUAAUCUCAGUGUAAAUACUGUUCUGAAAAACAAACCCUUAAAGCAGGGUUAGGUUAUAAAAAACAAACAUCCCAAGCUUUAAACGCGUUACAGAGCACUGUUCAAUCCUCAUCUAAAAAAUUAUGGUAAGAGUAAAGCACAACUGCUAACCUACCAUGGCCGUCCACCUCAUCUGACGAGCCAGGCAAAAAAGUAUUAAUCAGAGAAGCAGCCAGGAGGCCCACGGUAACUCUGGAGGAGCUGCAAAGAUCCUUAGCUUAGGUGGGAGAAUCUGUCCACAGGACAACUAUUAGGCUUGCACUCCACUAAUGGAAGAGUGGCAAGAAGAAAGCCAUUGUUAAAAGAAAGAAGUUCUAUUUGCAGACAAGCCAUGUCAGGGACAGAGCGAUUUAUUACCAUCUUUUAUUGCAAAGUUCCAUUUUAUGAAAACUAUCAGCAACUGUGGUGGCCAGAAUUUCAUUGGAAAUAUAUAAUAAAACAUUAAAGGCAUUAUAGUUGGUUGGCUGAAUUUUACAGUCUACAACAGCUUAAUAGUAAAUCUCUAAAUAUUAUACUUGUACAUAAUAUUUUAAUCAAGAUAUAUUUAAGGAAGUUAUCAUGUACUUUUGCCUCUUGCAUCAAGUUUAGGGCGGAAUACUUUAAAGUAAAUGGCACAUUGGUGGAUCUUUUCUGUGCACAGUGGUAUUAACCCACCAAAAAAAAAGAGUCAAAACCAUUGACCGAUUUUACUGACAAGUUUUCCGAAGUGUUAUAUUGUAAUAUUGUAACAUUCAUAGUGGCUGAUAUUAUAAUUCAUUACCAUAUACAAGGGUGAAAUCCUCGAACAUAAGUGGGGACACAGUGGAAUGUUGUAACACAAACAUACAAUGAAAAAAAAAAUAUAUACAGCAGCAUCACAGUGCUUGUUUGCACGGUUCAUGGAUGUAACAUCACUAUGGAGCUCUUGCAGUCACAUGACCCAGAUCAAUUCACUAUCAUUCACUAUUUUGUAAGGAUAGUGCACUGACAGAUUUACAAUAUAGUGAUAUUUACAGCAAACUUAUCAGGUAUGAUUUAAUGUUAAAUGAUCCUUUAGUAAAAUUUAGCACAGUUGCGCACAAUAUUAAUUCCAUGCUCAAAUGCAAUA